UAAUUGUAAUGGUUUUGACUAGCGAAGUUUUUGGAGGUUAACUGACUUCGGUGGUGGGUUACCGGAAGCGGUGGGAUUUUCAAUUGUUCCGAAGUUGCCGGUAAACCCAUUGUCUUGUCUUUGGUUACAAUUUGCAAAGUUUGAUCAGGAAAGGAUUAUUUUAGAUUUCGAAGAGUCAUAGUGGACGGAAAUCGAAGAUGUUCGAUCUUUUUUCGCCGGUUCGUGAUUUGCUGAUUACGAAUGACAUCGUCAGAAUCGACAACGUCGUUUUCAAGUUGCAUUGUCGUGUAACCGUUUUAUUACUGACAGUGUGCGCAAUUCUGGUAACUGCGAAACAAUAUUUUGGCGAGCCAAUCUCCUGCAUGGCGGAUGAGUCUAUAGCUAAGGAACCGAUUAACGCUUAUUGCUGGAUAUACAGUACCUUCACCGUGUCUCGCCACCUAAAAGGAAUUCCUGGACGUUCAGUAGCGAGUCCCGGAGUUGGCCAAGCUUUGGAGAACGAUGAGAUUCAUUAUCAUCGAUACUACCAGUGGGUCUGCUUUGUUCUGGGGAUUCAAGCUGUGGUUUUUUACAUCCCUCGAGCUUUAUGGGGCAUGUGGGAAGGCGGCUUAGUCGCAAUGCUGUCGAUUGACCUCUCCUCUCCAUUUUUGGGGACCGCGUGGACUCCUGAACGCAAAACGCAGCUUGUAGAUUACUUAACCAAAACAAAUUUGCAUACUCAUAACCUCUACGCUAUUCGCUAUUUCUUCUGCGAGCUGAUGAACCUAAUCAACACGGUUGGACAGAUCUACCUGUUGAACGAGUUCCUAGAAGGACAAUUCACGAAUUAUGGAUCUGCUGUGACCGGGUUCGCCAUGGAAACGAGACCAUACCAGAGAGUGGACCCGAUGGCUCGUUUGUUCCCAAAAGUGACCAAAUGCACAAUACACACCUUUGGCGCGGGAGGAUCUGCGCAAACGCACGACGCACUUUGUAUUCUGUCACUCAAUGUCGUCAAUGAAAAGGUCUUUGUCCUCAUCUGGUUUUGGUUCAUAUUCCUGGCAGGUGUCGGAGCAUUGGCGGUGCUCUACAGGAUAAUCGUCUUCUCUCAGCCAUGGACCAGAAUAUAUUUGUUGCGAGCAAAUGCAAGAUCAAUAAAAGGAGUGAAAGUAUCCAGAGUCGUACGAGAAUUGCAUUUCGGAGAUUGGUUUUUGCUUCAGCAGUUGGCUCGUAACGUGAAUCCCAUUGUCUUCGGAGAAUUAAUCGAAGAACUGGACACAUUCUUUACCUCCAAAAAGCCCGAUGAGCUAACAACGUAAAACUUGGCUUUUACUGGAAAGAUUAAGGUGAUACGAAAGGGUCAUUCUAUAUAUAUAAAUCGUCAAAGUAUUUAUAAAACUUCUCCAAACUGGAUUCACUGAAUCAAUUGAAAUUUCAGCACGUA